AGGUAAAUUCGCAGUAGAAGAAAGAAAGAAAGAAAGAAAUUAUCACCACUGCUUGUUCGCUGACUGAUUGAUUUCUUUUCAAUCCCCGCGCGCGAGAGAGGGAGAGAUUUGGAGGAGAUCGAUGGCAGGAGUUGGGGAGAAGAUGAUGGUUAGCGCCUUGACGGGGGUGAUGAGCCCCGUGCUCGGCAAGCUCGCCGGCCUCAUGGAGCAGGAGUAUUCCAAGCUCAGGGGCGUGAGGAAGAAGAUGGAGCAGCUCAGGAAGGAGCUCAUCACAAUCAACCUCGCGGUGGAGCAGUACGCGUCCAUGGAUGACGACCCGGACAAGCUGAGGAGGGCAUGGGUAAAGGAGAUCCGGGAGCUCGCCUACGACAUCGAGGACUGCAUAGAUCUGUUCGUCCACCGCUCCAACCACGAAUUCUCCGCCGGCGGUGGCGUCAGGAGGCUCCUCCUCGACAGCAUCAGUAAGCUUCGGGGGCUUCACCAUCGCCACAAGUUCGCCGCCCAGAUCCAGCAGCUCAAGAACACCGCCGGCGAAAUCCACGAGAGGAACUUGAAAUACAAGGCCGAUGGCUGCAGCUCUGCUGCAACACCACCACAUACAGAGAUCGAUCCUCGCUUGCCGGCGCUCUACGAGGAGGCGGAAAGGCUCGUGGGGAUCGAGCGCCAGAUGGAAGAAAUCAUCACUAGGUUUCUGGUUCUGGAGAGCACACCGACGAACAAGUGCAGCAUCAUUUCGAUUGUUGGUCAGGGAGGCUUAGGCAAGACCACCCUUGCUCGUCAGGUGUACCUGAGAAUCCGGGGUGAAUACAAAUGUUCAGCUUUUCUGUCCGUCUCACAAAGGCCUAACAUGAAUAGCCUUUUGAGGGAUAUGCUCUCAAAAUUUCAGAGGAGUAGCCGGGACCAAGACAGUGAUCAACAAAUUGGAGCAAGUAGUGACCAGCAACUCAUUGAUCACCUAAGAGCAUAUCUUGAGGAUAAACGUCUGAAAGAUCCUCAGGAUAAAGGGUACCUUGUUGUCAUAGAUGAUAUUUGGAGUACCACGGCAUGGAAAACAAUACAGUGUGCUCUUCCCACAACUAUCCAUGCAAGCAGGAUAAUAAUAACAACACGCAUCAACAACAUAGCUGAAUCUUGUUGCACUCCAUGUAAAGGCUUUGUUUAUAAAAUGGAACCCCUUAGCAGACAGAACUCUGAAAUUUUGUUCGUGAAAAGGAUAUUUGGUGCCAACAGUACAUGCCCAAGUCAGCUGAAGGAGAUCAUGAAUGAGAUACUAGAUAAAUGUGAUGGUUUGCCACUGGCCAUUGUCACAUUAGCAAGCAUGUUGGCUAAUAAUCGAAGGAAGGAAGAAUGGGAAAGAGUGUUGAAGUCUAUAGGUUCCACAAAUGAGAAAUAUGGAGAGUGGGAUACCAUACAUAAGAUAUUAUCCCUGAGUUACAAUGACUUGCCUCUCUAUUUACGCCCUUGCUUAUUGUACCUUACUACAUUUCCAGAAGAUUAUGAGAUUGAUAAAAGCCGCUUGAUAUGGAGUUGGAUAUGUGAAGGAUUCAUAACAACAAAACAACAAUAUUCUUUGGAUGAAGUAGGUGAGAGUUACUUCAAUGAUCUCAUUAAUAGGAGUUUGAUUAUACCAAUCAAAAUAGAAUCUGAUGGUGAAGCCAGAGGAUGUCGAGUUCAUGAUAUAGUUCUCGACUUCAUUCUCUCCCGAUCAAUUGAAGAAAAUUUUGUAACUGUACUUGAUGGUCAGGAGAACUCAUCUCAACUUGGCAAGAUUCGCAGGCUCCUUUUCCAAAAUAAUGAUGAACCUGCUGGAGCAAUAUCACUAGGAACUAUGGAGCUAUCUCAUCUCCGAUCACUUAAUUCUUUUGGUGUUUCUAGGUUGAUGCCCCCUCUUCAGGACCUGCAAGUUCUUCGAGUGUUAGACCUAGAGGACUACCCUGAGGAGAAUGGUCAAGGAUUAUAUAAUUAUCUGGAGAAUAUUGGAUGUCUGUUACAUUUGCGAUAUUUGGCCCUCAGUUGGAUAGAGAAGCUUCCAGUCCAGAUAGGAAAGUUGGAAUUUUUGCAGACACUCGAUCUGUUAGGGACUAAUAUAGAAGAGUUACCAGAAACCCUUAUUCAGCUCAAACGGUUGAUACGUCUGGUAGGGAAUGGACUAAGAUUGCCAGGUGGGUUUGGUCAGAUGGAAGCUCUGCAAGAGCUAUGGGAUGUUGAUGUUGGCAUAUGCUCAAUAAACUUUGUGGAAGAUCUACAAAAUUUGAAACAGCUGAGAGCUCUGGGAGUACAUUUUUACUGGUUACAGAGUGGUUAUUCAAAAAUUGGGCUGAGAGCUUUGGCCUCAUCCCUCUGUAAUAUGGGGGAACAUAACCUUCGGUAUCUACAGAUUUCCAAUGACACAAAACAUGGUGAUAUAGAUUGCCUUGUAGAUUCAUGGUGCGGUCCUCAACGUUCCCUUGAAUGCUUUGUGUUGGGAGGCAGUUACGAUUGGUUUCCCAGGCUUCCAAAGUGGUCUAAUCCCUCAUUUUCAGAGCUUACCAACUUGCAGUGCAAUGUUGAGCUAAUGGAAAAGGAAGAUCUGGAUAUGCUCGGUGAAUUGCCUGCUCUUCUUGUCCUUGAGCUAAUUGUAGAAAAAACUCCCAAAGAUGGACUUAGGGUGGGUCAAAAUGGAUUCUCAUGUUUAACAUGUCUCGUCUUCUAUGACAUAUAUGGCCCUGGUUUGAUGUUUGAAGAAUAUGCAAUGCCAAAGCUCGAAAAGCUUUACCUUGGAUUAAGCGCAUAUUCCGCAUAUAAUGCAUAUGGAGGUUUUGGACUUGGAAUCCGACACCUCUCCUCUCUCAAUCUGUACUCUAUUUCCGUUGGAAUUGAACGCAAAUGUAAAUAUGUUCCAGAGACGAAGGCUGCUGCAAUGUCUAUUAUCAACAACGAAUUCAAGUCGCUUCCUCACCCACCCAAGGUUGAAUUCACAAUAAUCCAUGUAUAUGGGGAUCUUGUUGAGGAGUCUGAACUAGAGACCGACUUUUCGAUCUUAUCUAAAAUCAUCAAGGCUAGGCUCAGUUCUCCUCUUCAAGAUUAUAAAGGAUACAGUGGGAGCCCUUCCACAAGCAAUGAAGCAAAUAGCAUGAACUGAGAAUAACACCGCAGAAACAAAGCUGUGUAUACAUGCACCCAAGCCCGAACCUGCUGUCCAAAUUCCUGUCAUCUUCAAAAUAUUAUUUUCCUUCAGAACAAUUCCUAUGCAAACUUCGCAAAGUUAACGAGGCAAUAUUUAACAGUAGAUUAUAGCCAGAUUUCAGUAGUAGAUGUUUUUCAGCUAUAUAUGUUUUUUUAGUGCAAACAGUAGCUAAGGAUCCUACCGUGUGUUUUUGUGCAUAUAAAUAAAUAACAAAAGGUGCAAAUGUUCCAGAUAAUCUGUUAUUCUUGACUUUGGAA